GUCCUCUCGUAUUCCUCUCGUGACCCUCCGUCUUUCCCAUUUCCCAGUCCGACUUCGUGAGCCUUCUCUCUCUCUCGAUCUUCAAAGUUGAAUCAGUCUCAAACUCUCUGUCUCUCAUUCCCAGCGGCGACCCGCGACCCUUCUCACUCUCAAUCUCUCGCACCUCGCCGUCAGCUUCGUCUUCCGUUUCGAGUCUCGACGGCAAAAGAGAGUGCUCUGUACCUGAAGAUGUUCUCUGGAAAUUUUGAAGUGUGGGAAACUCAUCUACCCUCGUAAAUUCGUUGGAAAAUUUAAGACGAGUUUGUAGGACUGUGGAUGGUUGUGCAAGCCUUGCGUCUAAGGAUAUUCUUCCCUCUGUCAUCCUGCUCAUACAAUCUCUCCCUUACCCUUCUGGUUGCCAUCUUCUCACAUUGCGUCUAAGGAUAUUCUUCUCUGGUCCUGAACAGGCUCAUUUGAAACGGGCCGGGUUAGGUCCAGUUCCAGUGAUCAGAUUUGCAAUACCCGGCCCGGCUUGUUUCGUUUCCUUUUUAAGCGGGUCCGGUCCGGUCCUUCCAAAUUUGGGCCUGGCCCCGGCCCGUCCCCACCCCUAUCUUUGAGGCUCCGUUAAGUUUUAACCCAGUCUUUGAGCGGAGAUGAAUUUUUAUCUAAAUUAGACCAUAUUUUCACCAUUUAGCCGUCUACCCCUUUCAGUUUCACUGUUUCAGCUUCGAUUAAAACUUCAAUUGUCUUUGUCCCUUUCCCUACCAUCGAUUACCAAUUGGGGUUUUGAUUGACCUUGCCAGUUGAUUUGAUCAGUAAUGGAUAACACAGCACUGCAAGAGUGCUCUGUACCUGAAGAUGUUCUCCGGAAAAUUUUAAGUGUGGGAAACUCAUCUACCCUCGUAAAUUCGUUGGAAAAUUUAAUACAAGUUUGUAGAACUGCGGAUGGUCGUGCAGGCCUUGCGUCUAAGGAUAUUCUUCCCUCUGUCAUCCUGCUCAUACAAUCUCUCCCUUACCCUUCUGGUUGCCAUCUUCUCACAUUAUGUUUAAAGCUCCUAAGAAAUCUUUGUGCGGGAGAGAUUGCAAAUCAGGACUCAUUUAUUGAAAGAAAUGGAGUGGCAAUCAUAUUGAAUGUUUUGAACUCCGCAAGUCUUUCUUCGGAGCCAGAUACUGGGAUCGUUCGGUUGGGGUUGCAAGUUCUCGCUAAUGUUUCAUUGGCUGGACAACGGCAUCAGUGUGCAAUUUGGCAGCAACUUUUUCCAAAAGAAUUUGUUGCUAUAGCAAGAGUUCAGAGCCGGGAAACUUGUGAUCCCUUGUGCAUGGUUAUCUAUGCUUGUUGUGAUGGAAGCCCUGAACGGUUUGCCCAACUUUGCGGUGAUCGUGGGAUAACUAUCGUGAAACAGAUUGUAAAGACUACUGCUGCAGUUGGUUUCGGAGAAGAUUGGUACAAGUUGAUUCUUUCAAGAACCUGCUUAGAAGGACCUUACUUCCAGUCACUUUUCUCAAAUUUAGGAUUUGUUGGUGCUACUGAGAAUGGCGAAGACACUGAAUUUAGAGAAGACGUUUUCUCAACUGAGCAAGCAUUUUUCUUGAGAAACAUAUCUGACAUCUUGAAUGAGCGGCUUCAAGAGAUUACUGUGCCUAGUGAUUUUGUACUGUGUGUCUUUGGGAUAUUUAAGAAAUCUGCUGGGAUUCUUAAUUAUGCCACAAGAGGCAAGUCUGGACUUCCAACAGGUUCUAUUAUGAUAGAUGUUCUAGGAUACUCACUCACAAUCCUGAGAGAUGUAUGUGCUCAGAAGUCCGUAAGAGGCUCUAACGAGGACCUGGGGGAUGCUGUUGAUGUUUUGCUGUCCCAUGGCCUCAUAGAAUUACUUUUAUGUUUGCUUCGUGAUCUUGAGCCGACAUCAGUGAUGAGGAAAGCUAUCAAGCAAGGUGAGGACCAAGAUGGACCAAAGCCUUCUUCCUUAAAACCCUGCCCUUAUAAAGGAUUUCGGAGAGAUAUAGUGGCAGUCAUUGGCAAUUGCACAUAUAAAAGGAAGCUUGUACAAGAUGAGAUUAGACAUAAGGAUGGGAUUCUUCUGCUCUUGCAACAGUGUGGCCUUGAUGACGACAAUCCGUACUUAAGGGAGUGGGGCAUUUGGUGCGUGAGGAACUUAUUCGAAGGCAACGAAGAAAACGAAAGGGUAGUGGCUGAAUUGGAGCUUCAAGGGGCUGUUGAUACACCAGAAAUUGCUCAACUUGGUCUUCGAGUAGAGGUGAAUCCAGAAACUAGACGGCCAAAGCUUGUUAACAUCCCAUGAAGAAGGUAGUUAAAUCUGACGCUGAUUAGUGAUCAAGAAGCUGAUUAGAUUCGAUUAGAUGAAUCCAUAAAUGCGUGAUUUUCUCGUUAUAAAUUUUUUCUGAGCUCAGGUGUUUUGCGCGGUUGUUUGUAUUUGAUCUGGUUAGUAAGCAAAAUUUCGGAGUAGUGCAAACAGCAUGAAGGGAUGGAUUGUAUUGUAUUGAAUUGACUUCCGAAUUUCUUGCAAUGUCAAACCUUCGUCUCCUUGUCGAUCAA